GAGAGCAGGAGCCUGCGGCAGGCAGCCUCGCUAGGUUUCAGGGAGCGCCUGUGAGGUUCAUUUGCAGAAAGCGCAAGACUGCUCCAAAGUUUUCUCAGGUGGCAGUCGCUGAAUUGUUCGGGGCGGACCCGAGACCCUGGCAUGUGAAGAGAUAUAAAGUGACUUUGUACAGCUGGAGGAAGUGGUCAAAUGAGGAAGUCAUCAUCAGUGACCAUGUACCAUGAAGUCGCCCAAUUAUUCUCCUUGGUUAGUUGAACAGAAUGAAGAUAAUUGCUCAGCUUUCACCCUGGAAUCCAAUGUUUUCUGCAGUGAAGAACACCUGAAUAAAAAUCAUUUAAACGUCUUUAUCAUAAACGUUGGUGGCAGCAGAUUCAUUUUGUCACAUGAAACUCUGUUGUCCUACCCUGAAACGCGUCUGGGAAAACUGGCUAUGUCUGAACAGGAUUCUGUGCUGGAGCUGUGUGAUGAUGCAAACUUUGUGGACAAUGAGUAUUUCUUUGACCGAAGUUCUCAGACAUUCAAAUAUAUCAUAAAUUAUUAUAAAACUGGAAGGUUGCAUGUAAAUGAAGAACUUUGUGCAAUGUCCUUUUUGCAGGAAAUUGAAUACUGGGGAAUAGAUGAGCUUAACAUUGACAUUUGCUGCCGAGACAAAUAUUACAGACGGAAAGAAAUUAAUGAAGCUUUAGACAUAAAACAAGAUACAGAAACAAUUCAGAAUGAAGAGGAAGAUUUUUCUGGAGUGAUUUGUGAAAAACUAAGACAAAAACUAUGGGUCAUGAUGGAGAAACCUAACUCUUCAAAGCUAGCUAAAAUAUUUGGAAUCCUUUCUGUAGCCUUUGUUCUCAUUUCCAUUGCAAACAUGGCUCUCUUUUCCCUUGAAUAUACAAUACUGGAACCCCCUUUAUUGAAUGCAGUUGAGUAUAUUUGCAUCACAUGGUUCUCUGCAGAAUAUCUACUGAGAUUCUUAUGUGUGAAAAACAAGUGCAAGUUCCUUAAGAGCCUGGUGAAUAUCAUAGACCUCAUUGCUGUGAUCCCAUUUUACAUCACUAUGCUGGUGGAACAGCUUUAUGGAGGCUCCACAGAAUUGGAAAAUGUGGGAAAAGUUGUCCAGAUCCUGAGGUUGAUGAGAUCACUACGUAUGUUGAAGCUUGGAAGACACUCAACAGGUCUGAAAUCUCUAGGAAUGACUGUCACUCUGUGUUAUGAAGAGGUUGGCUUACUCCUUCUUUUCCUGUCCGUGGGCAUUUCUAUCUUCUCAACUGUAGAGUACGCUGUGGAGCACAGUGUCCCAGAGUCAACAUUUUCUAGUGUCCCCUCUGCCUGGUGGUGGGCAACAACAUCCAUGACCACUGUGGGUUAUGGGGAUAUCUGGCCUGAAACUACUAUUGGGAAGUUAAUUGCUUUUUUAUGUAUUUUGACUGGCAUAUUGGUCUUAUCACUACCCAUAGCUAUUAUAAACGACCGGUUUUCCUCUUGUUACUUUACUCUAAAGAUGAAAGAUGCUGCCUUUCGAAACCAUGAUGCUUUGAAGAGGCUCGCCAAGAAUCCAGCUUUUGAUUCUGUUGUCCAUGUUAAUUUGCGAGAUAUUUAUGCUCGCAGAAUUAUGGAAAUGUUACGGAUUAAAAAUAGGGAAAGGGCAAGUACCAGAAGUGGCACUGCAGAUGACAUGUGGUGACCUGGUGUUAAUUAAUAUAAUGUACGGUUUAAAGCUAGCAGUUAUUUAUAAACCUUACUACAAGCUGCAGUGUCUCAAAACUGCACAUAAUUGCUCAAUACACUUAUCUCAACCACAAACAUGACAUAUUUUUGACCCUAAUUUCAAUUUAAAUCUUAAUAAAAGCACCAAAAGAGUUUGUAAAUUUCAGUGCUACCACUUGUGAUGAUAUCUUUCUGAGGAUUCAGUUUCCGCACAGUCACAAGGUCUUAGAUUUUAUUGACAGGUUUACAAACAGUUUCUGGUAUUUGCAAGACUUUUGUAACCCAACAUAUCCGUAAAUAAUUACUUGCUGAAGUGGUAGUGUCCUCAUAAAGUACCCCAUAAGUAUUUUCAAAUUUAAAAUUGCUCAGUUAUAGAGAACUGGGCAGUUUUACUGAGGAUGAACAUCUACAACUGAGAUGCACAAACACUGAUCUAAAUGGAUCCAAGAUUAUGUUUCUGAACUAUUUAUUAUAUAUCCAUUAUUUACUGGAAUUUUUAACUGAACUAUUGUUAGCAUUUUACUUUGAAGUCUUCAUAUCUUUUAUUUUUAGGAAUGAGUUAUUAAUAGAAGGCAGUUUUGUACUAGAUUUUAUAAACCAGGACAGAUAUCAAAUAUCUAAUAUGCUGUCUAUCUCUUUUCUGUGACUGCUGGGUGCAUGUGACAAUCCUAGACCAAAUACUGCAAAUCAAAAAGAAAUGAUCUAAAAUCAAACUGCGAGAUGUAAUAAACUCUCUGUGCAGGUUGGAGCUUAUGUUAAGAAAACAAGCUCUGAAAUUUGUCACAUUGAAUAAUCAUAUGAAGGAAUGUUACCUUGGCUGUGAAAUACAUCUGUACCUUUCAGAAUAUGAUUUUCCUUGGUCUGAAUAAAAUAAUUAACAUGU